AUGCGCCGAGCCUUGGCGCGCCUUAGCGCCAGCCGGCAGAAUUGGAAGGAGGUCAACCACGAGGUCUUAGCGGAGCUGCGGAAGGCCGAGUUCGUGGCCUUGGACUUGGAGCUCACUGGGCUCCACCUCAAGAACGAGCGCUUCAUCGGCGUGGAGCGGUGCUACUCCGCUCACCGGGAGGGUGCCAAAACCUUCCUGCCGGUGCAGGUGGGCCUUUGUGCAGCGCGCCGAGACUUCUCGAAGGGCGGACCCGAGUCCUGUCAUUGGGUCCUUUCGCCCGUGUCUCUCUAUGUCUUCCCGCGGGAGGCGGCUGAGCACCACUUCUCCGUGUCGACUGCCACCAUGGUUUUCUUGGAGCAGAACGGCUUUAACUUCAACGAAUGGGUGAGGCAUGGCUUGGGUUGGCUGAGACCUGGCGAGGAGGAGGAGAAGCGCCGGGCGGUGCAGCAGCGCAUCGACGAGAUCUCGCGGCUGAAGCGGUCCGCGGAGAAGUCCACUGCUGAGAGCCCCGAGCCCACGGUGCCCUUGGAGAUCCCGGAAGGUGCAGACCGCGCAGUGGUGGAUGCCUGCCGGGACCAGGUGCGAGAGUGGCUGCUGUCGCCUGCAAAGACUCCGUUGGAGAUCCCCAUGGAGAAUGCCUUUCAGCGCCUGCUGAUGCACACCAUUAUUGCGCAGGAGUUUCCGCAAGUCUACAGCCACUCAUCUCGCCGCGAGGGGGAGCGCUUCCUGUGCGUGUACAAGUCUCAAGCCGAAGUCUACGAGGAGCAGCUUCGCACCCUGCAGCUGGAGAUGGAGGCCAUUGACGAAGAGGUGGGGGUGCGAAGUUUGACGGACGAGAUCACCCGCAGCCAGAAGCCGCUGGUGGGCCACAACUGUUUCUACGACUUCUUGCACCUUUACCAGAGCUUUUACGCAGACCUGCCUGAGGGCAUCUCUGACUUCAAGGCUGCCUGGCUGCAGCUCUUUCCGCAGACCCUGGACACCAAGUUCCUGGCCGAGGCACACGAGCUGCUGGCGGGCCUGCAGCCACCGGCGAACUUGAAGGGCCUGUGCAACUUCAUGCUGCAGGCGGCCAAGUCGGAGGCCUCGCCGGGGCCGUUGCCCCUGACCUUCGAGAUCAACAACCUCGGCGGUGCUGACUAUCAGCUGCCCAGUGGAGGCGCUGAGGAGGAGUCAGACUCAUCGCACGAGGCCGGCUACGAUGCGCUGAUGACAUCACUGGUCUUGAUCCACCAGAUGUCCCACAUCCUGGGCAAGAAGCGGGUGCCCUGGAGCCAGUUGGACUUCGGCCCGCUUCGGAAGCGCACGGCGGACGACGCCCGGCGCUCUUUGACGGAGAUGCUGCCGCUCUCCGUGAACCGUAUUCGGCUGGUCAAGGCCCAGCCGAAUGUGAUCAACCUCAGCGGCAGGGAUGAGGCGGACAUGAGCCGCCACUUCAUGAUGUCCGGAUACCCACCGAGCUGGAAGAAGUGGGACUUGAUGAAGGUCUGGUCUCCGCUCUGGGUUGGCCUCUCCUACAUCGACGACAGCUCAUGCUGGGUCAUUGCGAGGAACGAGGCUGAUGCCUUAAGCCUCCAGAAAAUCUACAAGAUGAUCGAGGAGCCGAGCUUUCAGCUGCAGAGCUACGAGGAGUAUAAGGCCAACGCGGCGGACACCGCCACUCCCGCCUUGAACCCCUCGAGCUGA